AUGGUCCCUGUGUACGACGCUACGUCACUUCCGUCACCACAGCCCUCCGAAAAAUCCCAUGUGAGUGGAGUAGCUAUUAGCAGCUUCUCUAACACUGUGCUGGUCGGAGCAGCGGCAGAAGGAGCACAGCGGCAGUGUUCACCUCUUCUCCUUCCUCCUCCAUCUCCAGCAGCAGCAGCAGCAGGAGCAGCGAGAGCAGUAGUCAUCCUGGACCUUAUCAGACCAUGCUGGUACUGGGACAAGAAGGACUUGGCCCACACCCCCUCUCAGUCCGAGGGACUGGACCCCGGCACCGAGGCCCGGUACCGCAGAGAGGGGGCUCGUUUCAUCUUUGAUGUGGGCACACGGCUCGGGCUACACUAUGACACACUGGCCACAGGAAUUGUUUAUUUCCACCGCUUCUACAUGUUUCACUCCUUCAAGCAGUUCCCCAGAUAUGUGACAGGAGGAUGCUGUCUUUUCCUCGCAGGCAAAGUAGAAGAAACUCCAAAGAAAUGCAAAGACAUCAUCAAAACGGCUCGCAACCUGCUCAACGAUAGCCAGUUUGCACAGUUUGGAGAUGACCCCAAGGAGGAGGUCAUGGUGUUGGAGCGCAUCCUGUUGCAGACCAUCAAGUUUGACCUGCAGGUGGAACAUCCCUACCAAUUCCUUCUGCGCUAUGCAAAGCAGCUCAAAGGUGAUAAGAACAAGGUGCAGAGGCUGGUUCAGAUGGCCUGGACCUUUGUGAAUGACAGCCUUUGCACCAUGGUGGCGCUGCAGUGGGAGCCACAGAUCAUAGCAGUGGCUGUCAUGUAUCUGGCUGGACGUCUCUGUAAGUUUGACAUCCAGGAGUGGACAUCCAAACAGUCUUCCCGGCGCUGGUGGGAGCAGUUUGUCCAUGAUGUACCCAUGGAGGUGCUGGAGGACAUCUGCCACCAGAUCCUGGACUUGUAUUCUCAGGCUAAGCAGCAGAUACCUGGAGAUGGAGGGAUGGGGGCGACGGUGGAAAACCCCUUGCCACCAACCAUCCUGACCCCCUCAGCACCAGUGAUGGCCAAGAAACCCUCUCCUCAGACCAGCCCUGGACUGCCCAAAGUAGCUCAGCUGUCAUCUAAAGAAGACAACAAGGCCACAAAGCUCCCGAGUCUAGAGCCUCCACCACCUCCUCCUCCACCUCCUCCACCAGUGUCCAUAACAGCUGCUCCAGAACUCCCCUCUCAACCAGCCCUCCCACCCUUACCCCACUGCCCACCUCCACCACCUCCUCCACCCAUGGACCAACCCAGCUCCAGCUCCCUAGUCUCCAGCGACGGCUACCAGAAAUUGCAGGCCAUGACGAUGCCGGAGGCAGCUUCCUGUUACACCACUGUGCCCCAGGCCUGUGCCCCACCACUUGGCUACCACCACUAUCCCCUGGGCAACACGUCCUACCACACUCCCCCAAUCCCUGCCUACAGCUACCUGCUUGGACCUCCACCUCCCUCAGUCAUGGGGAUGCCACCUACUUUGAGUAAUGGCUACCCAGUGCCAUCUACCAUAGGACAAAAUCAGCUACCUCCUCCACUGCCGCCCGGAAUGCCCCCUAUCAGUGGGCUGAAUCUGGGUACGUGGAUGAGAUAGGUUUUAAAAGUGCACUGACUGAUAAGAAGUCACCACAGUGAGCACAUUAAACAUUGCUUUACUUUUUAUGGUAUGAGAAAUCACUACUUCAGAAUCUCUUCUUUACGUGAUAAGGAAAAAGAAAGUUGAUGUUCGUAAUCUGGGAGUUUCUGAUCCUCUUCUGGAGACUCAUGUUGGUGUGAGCUGAACUAGCAGUGUUAUAGUUGUUUAAGUACUGACAUACUGGCAGUGUGAACUCCUUAGUAACUCAAGUCAAAAACCAGCCUGACACACUGCGGCUCGCUUUCACUGAAAAAAAAAAGCCAGCGGAAACACAAGGAAAAACACAUUUUAGCCAGUUAACAAAACACUUGCUGUUAAGUGUAUUUUAAAAAGCCUUUUUCCAGCUGAAAACUGUAGUCUAUAACUGUCUCUCACCCAAGUCCAAAGAGAAAAUUGGCAUUUUUAGUUCACAGGCACACAGGAGCUGCUGGUCUAUUGCUGGUAACUUUGGUAACUUUGUGUCAAUUAGGUAAAUCUGACUGAAAGAUUUUCAGCACCAAAACGUUUACUGAUGUAGGCAGCAGUGGAUCAAUAACUCCUGUGUGCCGUGAUAUAAAAUCCCUGAUUUUCUCUAUAGACUUCUGUGUGGAAGCGUCGGUAAAAUAAGUUGUCUAACAGCAAGUAGUGUCAAACAUAUUGUUUGAUAUCAUAGACUCAAGCAGGUGUAGAUUUUAUUAGCUCUUUGUUAGUUGGCUAAAAUCUAUGCAGAAUAUGUCAGUAUAACGAACAAACACAUUUAAGAAUCCUUGAACGAUCCACACCACCACAGACUAUAUGAAACAAAUGUCUCAGCACAUAUAGACUCAUGUUCAUAGCAUUUUAAAGAAAAGCCGUUCUUAUCCAUUGUACAGUGUUUAAGUUUUGAUUUGUUCUGCUUUUUUAUGUUGAAACCUCUGCAGUUCCAGUUUAAAAUGUUUCUUUCUCAUUUUUAUUGAUUUAAUUUGUAAGAACUGGCUGGUGCCAAUCAAAUGUUGUAUGAAAACAUUUAAUGGUUUGAAUACCACACUGUUUUAAACAUUGUUUCAGAUGUAAAGGUUUUGUUUUUUUAAGUGAGAACAUAAUAAACCACUGAGAAUAUGA